UCAGAGCUUCCGAUAAAUAGUCUGCCUUCCAAAGCUCAGCAUCCAGUCUUCCCUUUCCAGAUACCUCUGGCUGAAUCUCUCCUCUCUUCAGCUUUCCAGCAGAGGAUCAGACAGCAAAUCACAGCCUCUGUGAAGGACAAGUGGAAGUUGUUGGUCGUUGUUGCAUGAUUUUUGGAUCACUGAGACCAUCCAAAUUAAGAUUCAUUUUUUUCUGCCUGGAAAAAGGCCUCCCUGUACUUGCAUGAUGGUUGCAGAGGUGCACAUGGAAAAUCCAAUCUGUCUGAUCGAUAACAGACCUGAUGGGACACUUGUAGUGGAAGAGAAAGCCAUGCAGAUACUUCUGGGUAUCCGCCAGCCAGUAGUGGUGGUGGCCAUUGUGGGGCUCUAUCGCACUGGCAAGUCCUACCUCAUGAACAGGCUUGCCGGCAAGACAGAAGGUUUCCCUUUGGGUGCCACUGUGCAGGGGCAGACCAAGGGCAUCUGGAUGUGGUGCCUUCCUCACCCCCGCAGGCCCAACCACACGCUGGUGUUGCUGGACACGGAAGGCCUGGGUGACGUGCAGAAGGGCAACACACAGAACGAUUCCUGGAUCUUUGCACUGGCCAUUCUGCUCAGCAGCACCCUGGUCUAUAACAGCAUAGGCACCAUCGACCAAGUGGCCCUGGAGAAGCUGCACUAUGUAACUGAGCUGACCAAAAAGAUUCAUACGAAGUCUUCCCAGCAUGGCCAAGAGGAGGAGAACUCUGCCGAAUUUAUCCGCUUCUUCCCUGACUUCACCUGGGCCGUGAGAGACUUCACCCUGCAACUGGAGAUAGACGGGCAGCCCAUCAGUGAGGAUGAGUACCUGGAGAAUGCGUUGAAACUGCAAGAAGGAAACAGCGAGCAAAUCAAGCAAUGCAACAUGUCCAGAUUAUGCAUCCGCAAGUUCUUUCCAACCCGGAAAUGUUUCACGUUUGACCGUCCAGCGAACAGAAGGAAAUUGCAUCAGCUGGAGAAACUGAAAGAGGAAGAUCUGGAACCGGACUUCUUGGAAACAGCGGAAAAAUUCUGCGAUCACAUCUGGAACACCUCCCGACUCAAGACAGUUCCAGGAGGCCGAGUUGUCAGUGGAACAAUGCUUGCAAACCUGGCAAAGAGCUACGUGGAAGCGAUCAACAGUGGGCAGGUGCCUUGCUUGGAGAACGCCGUGCAGGCCCUGGCUGUGAUUGAGAAUACAGCUGCUGUGCGUGAGGCCAUUUCCCGUUAUGAAGAGCUGAUGGAGAAACGGAUGAAGCUGCCCACAGAGACGAUGGAAGAGCUGCUGGAGUUGCAUGCCGAGUGUGAGAGGGAAGCCACGGGAGUAUUCAUGGCCCGUGCUUUUGGGGACCAGAUUGGUCAAUAUCAAGGUGAACUUGCGCAUAAGUUGUUAGAGAAGAAGAAGGAGUUCUGCGCGAGAAAUGAGCAAGAGUCUUUGAACCGCUGCCAUGCUGUGCUUAUGGAACUUUCCCAGGAGCUGGAAGAUGGGAUCGCCAAGGGGAUCUACUCUGUGCCUGGUGGCUAUCAGCGUUUCUUGGGAAAGCAGCAUGAAAUAGAGGAGAAGUACCGCCUGGUACCUGGGAAAGGGAUUCAGGCCAAGAAGGCCCUUGAAGAGUUCCUAAAAUCCAAGAAGAGCGUGGCGGAAUCAAUCCUUCAGACAGACAAUGCUCUGAGUGAAAAAGAGAAGGAAAUUGAAGCUGAACGUGUCCGCGUCCAAGAGGCCCAACGCCAACAGCAGCUCCUGGAAGAAGAGAAGGACAGGCUGGAGCAAAUCAAGAAGGAUCAGGAGGAGAUAAACAAGAAACAACUCCAGGAUCUGAUGGAGAAGAUGGAAAAGGAGAAGAAGGAGUGGAAAGAGGAGACGGAAAGGAUGGUGGAGAACAAGGGCAAGGAACUAGAACGACUGUUGGAAGAAGGGCACCAGCAGCAGGCCCGUGAAAUGCAAAACGAAAUCCAACAUGUCGGGCAGUGUGUCCCUGAUAUUUUGAAAGCGAUCUUCGGUGGAGUUACAGACAUAAUCAAUGCGGCAGGAAGUCAUUCGCCAAAAGUCUUGCCUGCGAACUUUUACCCGUGCUGAUAAUUUGCUACCCCGACGAUAACAGUGUCCUCCCACCCUUCUGUGUCAAGCGCGUCCCUUCAUGUGUAUCCUGGGCAUUUCUUAGUAUUGGAAUCUACUGCCAGGUGUAUAUAAGGGUUCUGGAUCCAGGCAGCGCUUUGUAUAAAAACAGGGAGGUCCCAGGGAAUAAGCAGGUAUCGAUUGGAAAACCAAACUAGGGGAUUAGUGAGAGGAAUAUAUGGCACAAACAGCAUGCAUUCAGAGAGUGAGAGAGAGAGAAAGAGAGUAAAACAGACUAAUCCAUAAACGGGAUUGGAUGGGAGCCAGAGGA